GGAAACUCGUCCAUUUUUUUUCCCUGAAAGCAGUGCGAUGGUUUCACGGGACUACUUUUGACUUUAAAUGAAGAAAAUGAAAAUUUUGUCCUGAGCUCACUUUGGUCCGUGAGCGGGGGGUACUAUGAAUGAUAUUGAUAAUUGAUGAAACAUCAUUUGACCAUUAACUUGCAACUAGUAGUAGCACCUGCCUCGUGAGUUAAUAUUAUAAGCUCAACAACAGGAUUGACAUAUUGCCGUGAAAUAUAUGCAAUUGCAUGCCAUUCCACUUGUUGGUAUUCGUACAUAUAAGCUCAUUAUUUGCCAAAUGCAAACAAGGGUCACUUUCCCUCUUGGUGGCCCCUAUCGUUAUAAAUGCCAAGAAUCUCCCUCAGUUCACUACCUGAAUCACACAAUAGCUUCUCAUUCUGCACUCAGAAACUUUGCCUUCAUUACCUUCAAAUUUGCUGCUUUUUAUUUCUAUUUUAUCAAGGAAAAUGUUAGAAAGAGAAGCAAGUCUUGAGAGCACCAAAAUCUGGAUUGACCCAAAGCAUCAAGCAACUGAGGUUAAAGUUCCAGUAAUAUACUACCUUUCCCGAAAUGGCCAGCUUGAACAUCCACAUCUCAUGGAGGUUCCAAUCUCUUCUCUACAGGGAGUGCUAUGUCUCAAAGAUGUGAUAGAUAGAUUGAGUUUUCUCCGGGGACAAGGAAUGGCCAACAUGUAUUCUUGGUCUGCAAAAAGGAGUUACAAAAACGGUUAUGUGUGGCAAGAUUUGUCCGAGAAUGAUUUCAUUUACCCAAGUAGUGGCCAUGAGUAUGUCCUCAAAGGAACACAAAUGAUAGAAGCUUCUUUGAGUUUUCGAUCCUGCGAAACAAUAUCAACAUCAAGCUCCAAAAGUUCCACUGAAGCAAUCAAUUCUAGCACGGGUGCAGACUCCCCUGCCACCAUAAAGGGGAGAAGCCAAUCAUUGAACUCGAGUGAUUACAAGUUUUACUCGGCAAAGACAUGCGAAGAGUUUGCAGGGAAAGCUACUAAUGCGUCGACUCAGACCGAGGAGAAGCAUAGGGAAAGGAUAAAAAGGGAGGAGCAAGUUGAAGAGUGUGAAGGAAAUGGUGAUGCAAGGGAGUUGGGUGAGAAUGAAGGGUCUUUGCCAUUUUCUAGAUCAAGUUUUGGAACGUUGGAAGGGUCUUUGGAGGGUUUUGAAUCAGCAGAUAUCAGAAGCCAGAGGGUGGAGAAUGAACGUCCAAGUGGGAGGAUCAAGGCUUCAGAAGUUUUGAUGCAGUUCAUCAGGUGUGGAUGAUCUUUGUGAGUGCGAGAGAGGAACUAUGAAUCACUCAAAUUGGUGUCAUUAUGCAGUUUUUAACUUGAGUUAGAAAUGGAACACAAUAAAUUGAGUGAUUUGUUGCUAGUACAUCUAUCUUUGUGUUGUGUCCUUUUAAUCAAAUUAACAUGAAAUGAAUUAUUGCUCCUUA